AUGGGCCAAAAAGAAAAUCUCUCUCGCCUACCCACUGCCGCCCCUCCGUCUUUGCAACUUUCGACGACCGACGUGAACGCAAACGAAAAUGCUUACCCCGAUGAACCCGACUCUCCGCUCCCUGACGCCUUUGCAGAAGAUGCCACGGACGUCCUCGAUGAUGGACGCAUCUCUCUCAACCUCAACUCAAAACUUGCACAAGUUUUCGCACAACUUGUGGAAGCUUCCGAGGAUGACGAAGAAGUUGCCGAGCCUCCGCCGGCGUACUCGUCCAUCUUGGACAUAGACUCGUGGAAACUACCUUUAAAUAUCGUGAUCCAGAUUGUCGGUAGCCGUGGGGAUGUACAGCCGUUUGUUGCGCUUGGACAAGAACUUCAGCGUCAUGGCCAUCGAGUGCGCCUGGCAACCCAUUCAGCUUUUAGAAACUUUGUGGAAACCGCAGGAUUGGAAUUCUACUCCAUUGGAGGCGAUCCAGCUGAGCUGAUGGCGUACAUGGUCAAGAAUCCCGGAUUGCUACCUCGCAUGAAGGCUCUGCGAGAAGGAGACGUCAAAAAGAACAGGCAGAUGAUCCGCGAGAUCCUUGACGGUUGCUGGGCUUCGUGCAUUCUACCUUCAGAUGGCGGAGAACCGUUCGUUGCCAAUGCCAUUAUCGCGAACCCUCCAUCCUUUGCUCACGUUCAUUGUGCUCAAGCACUCGGAGUGCCGCUCCAUAUUAUGUUCACCAUGCCAUGGAGUCCAACUCGAGCCUUUCCUCAUCCUCUAGCGAACAUUAAAAAUAGUAGUACCGAUCCAAGGUUGGCAAAUUACAUCUCAUACGGCAUGGUCCAGUUGUUGACCUGGAAUGGAAUCGGUGAUAUUGUACAAAAAUGGCGGAAAUCCAUUGGCCUGGAAUCCGUUCCCAUGUCAGAGGCUCCUUUCCUUAUGGAAACCCUUCAAGUUCCUCACACCUACUGCUGGUCUCCCGCGUUGGUCUCGAAACCCACCGACUGGGGCAAGCAUAUCGACAUCUGCGGUUUCCUCCGUCGAGACCCGGUAUCUUUCACUAUACCUGAUGGCCUCGAACAAUUUCUGAGGUCUGGACCGACUCCGAUUUAUGUUGGCUUUGGUAGUAUCGUGGUUGAGAACCCUGGAAGACUCCUCCACAUAGUACUUGCUGCCAUCAAGGCAUGUGGCGUCCGUGCCAUCAUCUCGAAGGGGUGGAGCAACCUGGAAAGCGAAAACGUCGGCGAAAACAUCUACUUCCUCGGGGACUGUCCUCAUGAGUGGUUGUUUCAACAAGUUUCAGUGGUGGUUCAUCACGGCGGUGCAGGGACCACUGCUACUGGGCUGAUGAAUGGCUGCCCAACUGUCAUUGUGCCAUUCUUCGGAGACCAGCUAUUUUGGGGUAACGUGGUUGCCGCUUCCCAGGCUGGACCCCCGCCGAUUGCUCACAAGAAACUAAAUAGCAAGAAUCUAAGCGAUUCCAUACGCUACUGUUUGCGUCAAGAGACCCAACAAGCUGCAAAGGAGGUGGCUGACAGGAUGGCCGCCGAGGAGGGAGUCAAAGCAGCUGUCCGUUCAUUUCAUCGUCAUCUGCCAGUUGAUGACAUGAACUGUGAUUUGAUCAAGGGACUCCCCGCUACUUGGGUGUACAAGAGAUCGAAAACUCUGCUAAAAGUUUCCGGGCCUGCGGCUGAAAUUUUGAUCCUGGCUCAGAGGAUCAAAGCUGACCAUCUUCGACUGUACAAACCGAAACCCAUUACUAUCGAGAACAGACGAUGGAACUUUCUCACCUCCUCAGUUGCCGUCUCGAUGGAAUUGUCAUAUGAUAUUCUGGGUGCUAUCAGUGGAUUUUGGAGAAAUCCACGAGAAGUCCAUAAGCAGAAUGAUAAAGAUCGUGCACUUGGACGUGCGUCUUCAGCUCAUCAAACCGAGUCUGGAAUGGAGAUGGACGCAAUGGAAGGCUCAAGCAAACAAAUUGCAAGGAUGGUGGGCGCCUCUGCGAUGAGUAUCUCGCAGCUCACAGGAAUAGUGGUGAAGGGAUCCUUGAUCGACAUACCCGUCGCCAUUGCCGAAGGCAUGCGGAACACACCAAAACUCUACGGGGAGAAGGUGCCUGAUCACGCCGCCGUGACCGACUGGAAAAGCGGCAUCACCGUGGCUGCAACGACCUUCGUCCACCAGAUGGCUGAGGGGCUGACAGAUCUGGUAGUCCAACCAGCAAAGGGUAUGGCCAAGGAAGGAAUAAUUGGCUUUGGCAAAGGAAUCGGUAAAGGGGCGUUACAAACAGCGACGAAACCCACAGCAGCGUGCAUGGGCCUCGUCGGCUACACUGGCCAAGGGAUCUACAAGUCCAUGUAUGCUGCCGUCCAUUCAAAGACCAAACACUCUGUGGCUUCCGCCCAGCGAGUGCAGGAUAAGUACUCUAUCCGUGCGAUUGGAUUAGACAUAAGCAAAAGUCAAGUCCUGGACGAAUUCGACAGGCUCUAUCGACAACGAUCUGAGCCUGGGUCUGGUAGUGCCAGUGGCAAUGUCAGUCUGAUGGGCAUAUCCAGGACAGCAAGUCAUGUUUCGACCCAAACACAACCAUCAUCGGCUACGCCACCUAUUCUGGCCGACAAUAAACCAUAUAGCACAUCACCUGGGUCACCGUGA